UUCCUUUAAUGUAACUCUGCCAUUUUCAUUUCCCAGUUCUUUAAGUAGUUAAAAAAUUCAGGAUCUGUGAAAAAUCUGGGUUUUUUUGGAAGCAAAUGUUCAUUUUUUUGUUAUUGAUCUUUCAGAUUUAUGUCUGCAAUUCUCUAUGAACUCCUUCUGGAGUUUAUGAUAAAUUCCACAUAUAGGCGCAGGACCCAUUUAGUUCAAUCCUUCUCAGUUGUCUUCCUCUACUGGUUUUAUUACAUUUCAUGAUUUUUGCUCCUUUUUCUACGAAUAAUUAGCUUUAUACAUAUAAAAAUUUUAAUCUAUAUAGCUUUACAUGAUAUAAGAUAAACGUAAAAUUGCUAUUUGGGUCCUACUAUUAAUCUGAUAUUUUCGAUCAUUUUGAGAAUUUUCUUUGGCUUUUCUUUUUCAUGGCCUCCUCUAGUGGCAUAUCAUCAGGUAUAUCUGGUGUACAGAACUCAGGUUCUGAAGAAGAUCUGCAGCAGUUGAUGGAUUUGAGGAAGAGGAAGAGGAUGAUCUCUAACCGCGAGUCAGCUCGUCGGAGCCGGCUCAGAAAACAGAAGCAAUUGGAUGAUCUGAUGGUUCAGGUGGCUCAGCUUAGGAAGGAAAGCAGCCAGAUCCUCUCCAGCAUUAAUGUCACCGCUCACCAUUAUCUCAACGUUGAAGCCGAAAACUCAAUCUUUAGAGCCCAAGUGGCUGAGCUGAGCCAUCGGCUUCAGUCCCUGAAUGAGAUAAACAGUUUCUUAACUGGAGCUGGAACCGGAGCCGAAGAGCCUUAUUUCAUUAAUGAACCGGCUGAUGGAUUAAUGAACAAUUCUUGGAAUUAUAUUUAUGUUAAUCAGCCUAUUAUGGCUUCAGCAGAUAAUUUGUUGCAGUACUGAUAAAGGAAAGAAAAUUCUGGAUUAGCAGGAUAAUAAUAAGAUUAGGGAUUUAAUUAAAAUGGAACUUGGUUCGUAGUGAAAGUAUAUGCUUUUUUCAAGAACUUCUGUAAUUGUAAUUUGCUCUUUAUUAUGCAUCAAUAUUGCUAUUUUUAUAUA